AUGAGAAAAAGGAAAAAGGCUUCAAUACUGAUUUUAUUCAGUCUACUGGUAUCGAGUGCAGCUUUUAAAGGUAAGAUUUACACUUUAGUAAAGAACAAUUUACUUACUUUCCGAAAAAAAAACCCACAUGAGGUCUUAAAAAAAAUGUACACAGAAGAGUUGAUGAGUUCAAGCAAAUGAUAACGAGUUAUCAGAGUUCGUUUUCCCUUUUGAUUCGACUAACUGCGUUUACAGUUUCUGCCACACUAGGUAAAAAAUACAAACUUAGGUGUGAAAUAACUGGCUUCGUUAUUGUUAAACAGCAGUUAGCCCAUUGAACUUUUAAGCCCGAACCGUUAUGACGUUUUUAUAAUGCUCGUUUUAUAAGCUUCACCGGAUAUAAAAUAACAAAAAAUAUGAUAAAAAAAAGUGAUAACAAGUAAGUGUAUAAAAGACUUGUGAACCCUUUAAGGGCCAAGGUUUUGACCAGCAUCUAUUUUUCUUCUGACCAUAUCGGGCAAUACAUCAUCAAGGGAAAAUACUAAUAGGUUCAACAAAAUGAUCACCAACGCGAAAAUGCUUUGAUCUUUUUAUGAAAAUCCUUACCGCUAAUUCGUCAAGGAAAUGUAAGAAGUCACUUUCAAGUAUUGGCGUGUGAAUGCUGGGGCUUAAAAGGUUGACAAAUAUAUUAAAAGCAAGAGCUGCGGCGGAUGCAGACCAUCAGAUAAGGGGGGGGGGGAGGGGGGGGUCUUAAAAUAUUUUUUUUGUCGGCCCUUUGGGCCUCAUCUGGGGUCAAAAAUAAAGGGGAAGCCGGGUCCCCGGGCCCGUCACUUGGAUCCACCACUGAAGAGCACAUUUAGAAUACCUAUUGUAGAGUAGGGAAGCCACAUUAGUGGCCAUGCAGUCAACUAAUGGAGGCCGUUUUGUAAAAAAAUACACGGCGACACAAACAAAUAGAGGCCAACCGCGAUCAAGAAAGAGGCAAUUAGCCUGCAUAGAAGUCGUUUCCGUUUUCGUUUAGCCAAGUGAGAGAAGAGCAGGAGAUGCUCAGGGUUAUUGGUAUCCGGCUUCUAUCUUUUUGCUCGCCUAAGGGUGACUCAACGCUUCUCUCUCACGCUUGGAUAAAAGCAUUUCGACUAAAAGCGUUUCGUUGGCUAAAAGCGUUUCUACUGCCACGCCCGCUAAGAGGCGAUAAAUGUAGAGCUUCCUAAACAUCAAAUUAAUUUUGAAUAAUAUUUCAGUUUUUAUUGAAAUAAUAAAUUCUCUGGCUUUAAUGUUCUUCAUAAAAAUUCCAGGGGAACUUUGGCCAAUAGCGCCGAUAUCAAUAUUGCUAUGUCUUGAGCAUGUUGAGUGUUUUCUCUUAAGGUGGCUGAACACAGUUUUGCGGGCGGUCAGCGGUAACUCGCGUGACGGCGCGUGUUUUAAAUUAGACAAACAAACAUGGCGGCGAAAAAAGCAAUGGUACACAGACGACGAUUUCUCAAAAUCUACUCAUUAAAAUUUUGUGAUAUUUGGCAGAAUUGUUACUUUUAUCGUAUUUUAAAUAAUGAGAACUUUAAAAUGGAAGUUGAACAGACGAAUUUUGUGACACAAUUAAAAAUUACAGUACAAUUAUAUCACUGAUUAUCGAAAAACCUGUCUGUUAUAAAUUGGUCAAAUAAGUUUCAAAUGGUAAUGAUUAAUUAUAGUAAGCUGUCUGCAAGUUUAUAGGAAAAUCUAAUGAGCGAAUUUUAUGUAAACUGAGCAAAAUUGAAAUUUUAAGGUUGUAUUCAAUCGUUCAUGUUGCCAUGGAAACUACGAAAACGUCACAUUUUACCAGUCAAUCAAAAUCUUUCAUCAGUAUAUUUUCACUUGCCAAGUUUCAGUAUGUGAGCUGCAACCUUUCUUUUGACAUGAUUUGGCAAAUGACAUAUACUCACAAACUGCCAAAACAGUGUUCAGCCACCUUAAAGCAACGGCGGAUUCAGACACCUUCAGAUAAGGGGGGGCCCCGGUCAUCCAGACCCUGAUAUAAGGAGGGGGACGGUCUUCAAAAAAAUUUUUUCCGCCCUUCGGAGCUCAGUUUAGUUAAAAAAUAAGGGGGCAGCCCCCCGGGACCCCCGGCCCCCCCACCUGGAUCCGCCACUGUAAAAGAUGCCACUUCUAAUCGCAAAGGGCAAUGAAUUUCAUAGGGACAGUAACAGCAACGGGCAAAAGACGGAUCUCCUAACGCUGUUAAAGUCUUGAUUUUUAGAGGAUUUAGAAGUAGCCUAUCAUAAUCGGAGCGUAACUUGUAUAGGAGCUAAGUCAUUGAUAGCCUCAUACGUUAGUAAUAUCUUUAAGUCAAUGCGGAAUUUAACCGAACUAGUUCAGUUCGUGCCUCAUUCAGAAGCGCCGUAUGUAACAUUGUUCUAUUCUCCCCAGAGGUAAUAUUUUGUCUUAUCUUCGGAAGACAUCUAAAUUGAUUGGCGAAACAAUGUUAAAAAUAAUAAGAUUAUACUUUCGUCCUGCAGUCACCGAUGGGUCAUCAAAGCCAAACGGCGAAACCGCCGAUAGGGGAAGCAGUUCAGCUGCCAUAAGCGAAGAUAACUUUCGUACGCGACUUGUUACCGCUGAGAUGGAACAAGAGGUUGCCGCGUAUGGCAAAAACGGAAAAACAUACAGUCCUGAACAAGAGCAUGCAGCCUAUAAGAGAGCACAACCCAAAGUAACAGACGAUCAUGAACGUCUCCCACGGGAAGAAGCACAACCAACUCCCUUUUUGUUGGAACAAGGGGGUGUUGCUGUCACUCGAGCCUUUGAUGCCUCGUCCAAUGAGGAUAGUAAGGUUAGAGUACAAGGGACGCAACCUGUCAUUGAAGAGCUGGAACGAAAGGAGACUCCUUAUGGCAAAGUCAAAAGACUAAACGGCGCAGCCGUAGAGGCUCCGUCGUAUAAGGAAACAAAUUUUAUCGAGCCAGAGGCUUAUAAAAAAGGCGGAAGAGGAUACAGUGCUAAUGUGCAGGACUCGGUCUUUGAGGGUCUGAUGGCGAGAGUAAGAGACCGUUUGGCGCAGAGGGGAACGCAGCCUUUCCGAGCCGAGUCAGACCAAGAACGAGUUAAUUAUAGCAGAGACUCAGGAGGAUUCAGGGGUGAAAAAAAGGAUUCGGCUCAUAGGAGAACCUUCACCAGAGUGAUGGAAGAUGGUCAUCGCACAAAUAAGGGAGCGAAGACAAAGAGCGCCUUAGAGAAAAUUGUUGCUCAUUAUGACAUCGGGUCGUCGGAAAUUAGAUGGCCAUAUGGUACUGACGAUCUCCAAAAGGAUAGUCAAAAGAAGAGACGAGUCAGAAAAAAACGAAGAUUGGGACCUUCCCUCACAGAGGAGGAAGCGAAAAGUCGAGAUACUGGAGAUGAGGAAAAUAAAAAACAGGCCAAAUCAGGUCCAAAACUACUAAUACUCAUUCCAGCAAUUUGUGGAGGCCUGGCGAUGCUUGGUUUGCUGACAGCACUUCUAUGUCUUUGGUAUGUUGUUUCAAAAUUUACUUGUCAAAAGUCUUUACUGUUCCAUUGAGAUUAUUUGCGCAAAGUAGACAUUAAAACGAUGACGAGUUUUUGCUCAAUCGCACUGUUCAGGAGUUGAAGCGAGCAGAAAUUAAGGUUUAAGUACAUGUUGAAUGCGUCACACUUCGCAGACGAGUUUGCUAUUGUAUAGGCUAUUUGUGAAGGAAAUGCUUCAGUUUCAGCUAGGCUUGUCCCGUCUAAACCUUUCUUAAUAUUUUCCUGAAAUCUUUUAACUCAUCUUUAACUCAUCUUACACAGGAGUAAACACACAAUGAACUUAGCGCUUUCCACUGCCGUUGGCUCUAAGACUGGUUUUAGCUCCGUACUUAGUAGUAGUCGAAUAAUUAUGACUGUUCCAAGCUACUGGGUGGUGCUAUUCGUACCGAAAGGCGGAAAAAGGUGUCAGUAUUGUGAAUUUCACUGUAUACUCAAAUCUGUCGUUACGCGCACCUGUAGAGCAGACACAACAGUCUUCUUUCCAAAUAUACGGAACCUGGAGUUCGAAAUUUUUUCUGAGCUUUCUAGUAUUAGAAUUAUCCUUCUUCCAAAUUAUUAGGAUCCAUUACGUAGACUAUUCAAUUUGUUCCUUCGGAACUUUGAAUGUACAGUGAAACCUCUUCUUUGGGACAGCUUCAUAAUAAAGGCACCUUUUCAAGGCAAGAUCACGUGUUGCUUAAGACGCCAAACGGCAGAUAAACCUUAACCCUAAUUCAACGUUGUCCAAAGUCGUUAGUAAGGAGCUUAAUUAACAAAGACAGCGACGGCUACGAAAACGUCACUCAAAAAGUGAAGUCGCGAUACUUCAAACUUUAUCGCGCUUAUUCCAUCUGGUUGAAUUCGUCAAAUGUUGGCAAGUUUUUGUGGAGUUGAAGUCUAAAAGACUGUAUCGAAAUUCAGGAAAAGAAAAAGAAAGUCUUUUUCUUGUGUUCACGUCCUCGACUAAACGUGAAUUUAGGCACUUUCACAUUGUAGGGGUCUUGUAGUCGUGCACCGACGGCAAAGAAAUGUACAAAAACGCGUGAUGCACGCGCAAAGUUGUUGUUUUGCCAAUUUAAACCUAUUGCUUGUUUGCCGUUCUAGUUGCCGUCGCCAUCGCCAGUGCUAAAGCCCCCUAUUAAUACUAUGCUAAAUAGACGUCGUUAAACAGCUGACCUAUUUCCCUUUGCCUCUACUUUUACAUUUGUACAUAGCAAACACUGCCUGAGGAAGUGUAGUAAAUCCUUCAAGAAAGAUCCUGAACUUGGAGAGUGCAAUAAACCGUCUGCGAAAAACGAUCUUAUUCUGGAUAUAAAUGAAGAUGAAAUAAAAAUUGAGGUGGAGAAUAAAGAAGACCGUGAUCCUCCUGGACAAAAGCAUAUUUUUUCUGCUUCGUCUCAGCCCUCUGCAGGUUGUGUGGAAUUGGAAGACACACUUGGAAAGCAGCUCUCGACGAUCGUGGAGACCAAAGAGCCAAACUCUAUAAACAACUCGGUAAGUUGUUUGUUAGAUAAAACUGCGCAGAGAUCUCCAUCCUUGACAGCUGUCCCAACACUUGAGGUAACUUCGGAGACACAAAAUAUCGACUGCUCUCAGUCAAUUAUGAGAUUACCACCCUCAUCCUCUCUAAGCUCUGAUGACGAAACAGAACAGGAACUAUCUACUGGAUCCCCAGUAUCCAUGUCGGCUAUCGUCCUUAUUUUUGAUCAAGAAGGAGAAUCAACCAGAUCUUCAGAUAUUCUGACUACUCAACCGACAACCCCUCCUGGAGGGGUAGAAUCCUCUCCACCGCCUCCCUCUGCGUUACAAGUUAAUCCCGAGAAAUCAGCGAGAUUGGAAACAACUCCUGGACUGGAAGAAAGAUACAUCCUCGCCAUGGAGCCCUCUCCGUCGUCGCAUUCUGAGGAAUCAGUGAGCCUGGAAACAACUCCUCCCGAACUGGAAGAAGGAGACACAUGCGGCAUGGAAUUCUCUCCGUCGUCUCACUCCGUGCUACACGGAAAAUCCGAGAAAUCAACGAGCUUGGAAUCAACUCCUGGACUGGAAGAAAGAGACACCCUCGCCAUGGAAUCCUUUCCGUCGUCACACUCUGCGCUAUCCGGAAAAUUUGAGGAAUCAGUGAGCCUGGAAACAACUCCUUCUAAACUGGAAGAAGGAGACCCGUUCGGCAUGGAAUUUUCUCACUCGUCGCCCUCUGUAUCACAAGGUAAACCCGAGGAAUCAGCGAGCCUGGAAAUUAACCCUUCUUGUCAUUUGACAAGAAAUCUUUCUGAGGAAACCGAAACAAGUGACUCAUCCACCGAAUGUUUUAAAACGCCAGUAGCACCUGUUGAUGAGGUGGUUAUAACAGUCGAGGAUGAAGGUGAUGAAUUGCCCGUGGAAAAAGAAAGCUGCGACCAGGCUGGCGACGAAGAUAAA